AUGUAUCUGCGUCUGUAUUGGAGCUUUAGUGUUUAAAGGCUGCACGUAUCUUGGCGUGAUUUUAAUAUCAACGAUGCCAAGGUCCAAGAAGACGGCGAAAGCAGCUCACCAGCGAAUGUUAAAGAGGCGUGUUUUUGUUGAUAAUGUUAAUAAUGCACUUCAACAAGCAAGUGUUUGUAUCGACCGUUAUGAAUUUUUGGAUGCUUUGGCUAUUUUAGACCCUUUGGUUGUAGAGGCAUCUCUUCACGGUGAUUAUGAAGUGGUUGAGCCGUGUUCAGCUCUCCAGGCGGAGGUUUACACUUACUUGCGUAAUUACGAUAAGGCAGUUCAAUCAUUGAUGGGUUGCAAGGCUAAUCCUAAGACUGUUGACUUGGCAGCUCGCAUAGCUUUAAUGUCCGAUAACACGAUAGUUGUUUCUGACUUAUCGUACCCCUUGAUAGAGCUGAUGUCUUUUUAUAUAGACAGCAGCAAGAACAAGGAUGCCAGGUGGUCUAGUUGCACUGUUGUGCAAAUAAUUGAGUUACUAUGUCGUUCAGGUCGUUUAUUUGAUUUGCACAAUUGGUUACAUUUAUACAUGAAAAAUUCUGGCAACUACCGUCUUUUACGUGGCGCUCCUACUUUAAAUCGUUGUUUACGUCUAAUAUCUCAUAUACAUCGCAACUGGUUUGUUAAGCCGCCUAGGGUAAACGUGGUAGAUCCCAAUUACAAGCCUUACGUGACUUUUAAACCUGACAUGGCUGGUAUUACCCCUUUGCCGGAGAAUUUAUGGUAUGUAAGUACGCUAUCAGGGGCUUUAAAGAACUCCUCCAGUCAGGUUCGUCAAUUGGUAUUUCACCCCAACUCAUUUCUGAAGACUUUGGAGCAUUUCAUACAGGAUUUACGUUCUGCUUGCAUACCCAGUCAUCGACUCAAUGGUACUACUAUUAAGAUCACAUUUGCUGAUUGUUCUGGCAGUAACGUACCACUAUCUCCAGAUUGGCGUUAUACAGGCUCUCGUACAUCGAAGCGUUCAAAAAGCAACAGUCCUGCUACUGGCUCCCAUUAUGUAAAAUCUAUCAAGCAUUGUAAGCAAGUUGGUCAUCUUACAAGGCACCUCAGUCUAUAUCGUAAAGGCCAUGUUUUGCGUAGGUCAACAGCAACUAGUCUGCUUGAGGCUCACAUGUUCUCUGUGUUCUACCAUAGGCUACGCAAUAAGCAUGAGGUCCCUUUAUGUGAGCUUGCUUUGCUGUUUUUCGAUGUACUGUUGCGUUACCACCAUUUACUGGGUCCCCUACGCCUUCAAUGUGCUAUGUAUCUAGGUUGUUUAUUCAACUGCAUUUUUGACUGUUUGAACGAAUUGCGUACUUCUAGUACUACCAAUUCGGCUGUAUUCGUAACGACAUCCUUGGUUUCUGACGUAAAUUUAGUGGAUAAAAAGGAUGCCUGGAAUGCUACUUUUCGUAAGGUACUUUUACGAUCAGGUGCUAAGUUGUUAUUUUCGGUCAUACAUGCCCGUGAGACUCACAUCACUGUCUUGCGUGGUAUCUGUCAACCCAUAGGUAUUUUGUACCCUCAUUCAUUUUUGCGUCAGUUUUCAACUCGAUUAACGUCUGUGCUUUUACAUCUAGCCUCUGUAGGAGACAAAUCGGGUUAUGAUCUACUGUUACUAAAUGCUCGUGUGCUGUUUGUUUUGGGAAAACGCCUAGUUAGUGAGCACCUUCCUCGUCGUAUUAAUGUUGUACGUAAGCGUUCGCGCGAUGUUUUCCAUACAUUCAAGACUAUGAUAAAGUGCAUCAAGUCAAUAUUUACUUUGGUAUACAGCAGGGCGUUGUCUGACCUGCGCAGAAACCCUCAUGUGGCGUUAUGUCUACGUCACCGUGACGGUAAUGUAAACUUCCACAACUCGCUUACUGGUGCUGUAUACGACAGCGAGGUCGCGGUGGUUGAGCGAUACUUGUUGUCACUGAGGUCUGAUUUGCGGCGUUACAAAGUGGAUUGGUAAAGUCCACGUGUCUAUCAUUGCAUUGAUGUAUUGACGUCAUUAAGUAACCAUUUUAUA